UGUGUGUGGGCCCCACAGGAGGAAGGGGCUCUGAUCAUCGAGGGACUCCUCAACAUCGCCUGGGGACUCAGACGGCCCAUCCGACUCCAGAUGCAAGAUGACCGGGAGCGAGUGCACCUCCCCUCAGCUUCGUGGGCACCUGGACAGCCCAGCUGCCCACUAAAGGAACCACCUCCCCAGGACAGCAAAAUCACUGCUGAGGAACCAAGCACUCAGACUGUGCCCAAAGCUGAGAGUUCCAGAGAUGGCUCAGGGUCCCUGGAGGAAGAGGAGGAAGUACCACAGUUGAUGAGGACCAAGAGUGAUGCCAGCUGUAUGAUCCAGAGGAGGCCCAAGUGCCGUGCACCUGGCGAGGCCCAGCGGAUCCGCCGACACCGAUUCUCCAUCAAUGGGCACUUUUAUAAUCACAAGGUGAUAGUCCCCCCUGGUAUCUUCCAGUGCCCUGAAGCUGAGAGCACAGGAGCCAUGCCUAAGCACAGGCACUGCAGCCCUAUGAUCCUUGUCACACCCCCCCCCCAUCCUAAAGGCUCAGGAGGAAAAGAAUCUUGCCCAAAGACCCAUUGGCAUGACAACUCAUUCAUGAUCUGUGCUUUCUCUGCCACAUACUCACUGUCUUUCCAUUCUCCAAGUGGUGUGGAUUUUUGGCAAGCUCAAGGCAGACCGUAAUGCCAAUUUAUCUUUAGUGAGGCGAUGUUCUAUAAAGUUUCCCUCCAAGUUCAAUUGAUCAUUCCAUGGGAACAGCAUGUAUCCAGCCAUCACUCUCACUUGUUAAAUUAAGCCUGCUAGCGGAGGUGUGGCUAGGAGCAAGUGUGUUUGUUCCCAGAGAACCUGAACAACUCCUGAUUCCCAGCACCCGCCUUUUGUCCGAGUAUGUAUUGUACUGAACUUAGGAAAAGAUCACCUUCCCCAAAUUACAUCAUUCCACAAACAAACGGAACUGUAAAAGGAGAAGUUAAUUGUUACUAUAAAUGGAAUGAGUGGCAGUUUGGGUGAGGCCCUGGUUGGAGUGUCCUGUGAUAGGCCAUAUCCUGCUGCCCUGGGAAAUGAAAGCAAAGGUUUCCAGUUUGAGCAGCUGCCUUCCUUGAUAGAGCAUGACUCAUGGAGAUGGAGGAACCUGGGAGGUCCUAGGGUUCAGGCCUGAAGGAACAAGUAGGUCAGGUCUUCUAGACGUUAUUCAGGCUUGCCCUUGGGGCACCCUGGAUUUUGGGAUAAAGAUUUCAACUCUGCAAGCUGAAGGGAAAACUUCUUUAAUCUCAUUACCUCCCUUCCGUGCCUUGCUAAGUUUGCAGUCAGUGUUUACAAAUGACAGGGUUUUUUAUUUGUUAAGUCCAGAAAAAUUCAAUGUGAAAAUCAAGUCUCCUGAAAAAGCACAGGGAUAGCCAGGGUUGAAGUUCAAUGGAGAUUAAGAAUAUUAUAUAGACUAACAAUAAGACCAUAUUAUAAUUUGGGUAUCCUUUAAAUCUUGUUUCAAAAAAGGUUUAAUCUGUAAAGGGUUAAGCUCCAAUUGUUAGUAUUUGAAUAAACAUUGACAUGCUAUUUUAAGAAAUUUUCAAAAA